AUGUACAAAAUUCUGUUCCAAUUUCAACUCACCAAAAAAACUUACUAUGAAUUCAGAAACAAGAGUGGCAAACUGCUUGCAAGAGCACUACGAGCACGCAGACAAAAGAGCCAUGUCCAGAAGAUCUCAGGGAAAACCUUCCACACCCCCACAACAAUCACAAAGGGCUUUCAACAAUAUUACUCUUUGCUGCAUUGCCUACCAGCACGUACCCCAACACCGGGUGAUGGCGCUGGGACCCUCUCCAAACAACAGAAAGCCUAUAUUGCUCACUACAUGACAACCAAAUUGGAGGCACACUCCACAGCCGCCCUAGAAGAAAACAUCACAAGAGAAAAACUACACCUGGCCAUCAAACUAGCCAAAGCGAGAAAGAGUCCAGUCCAGACUUUUCUCCGACACCCUUGCCCCACACCUCCUAGCCCUCUACAAUAA